UGCAGACCAGCACCAGGGAAUACACUUUUAAGAACAUUAGCCCUCAAAGCUAUGGAUGACAUAGCUAAAGAAAGGAAAUACUGGAGCAACCCCGGAGACUUAUUUAACUGAAGGGUGGUGGUGAUGGAGUGGGUUUCCUGAAGGCUGAAAUAAUCAUAGCAUUUGCAUAUAAGAGCACCCAAGCCAUGGAGAAUCGUAUAUAUUUACAAGUAAUUAGUUUUAAUUAGCUAUAAGGAAAGAGUCUAAUCUUUCCUGCAGGAAUUCACUCCUCUUCCCACAGAUAGGGUAUCUGAAGAGAAAAACAUCCGCUUCCCUACUUCCUCCUCAAAAACACUUCGGUUUAAUCAUGCAGGAUGCAAUCUAGGGUCGAGGACGAAGUAGUACCCGAAGCUCCUUCGCCGCCAAGCUGGGCUCGCUGGGGAGCGGAACAGUUAUCAGACUUGAGGGCUACCAAGCUGCCCCCACGGAUGCUCUGAACCUGACUGCUGCCUCGUCAUCUGCUUCCCACUCACAACUCCGGCCCCGGGGCUCCAGGGUCCCCGGACCUCGGGAAGAGUCCUUAGGGAAGAGAGUCCUCUUUCCGGGUAAGGGAGUGAGCGCAGGACUCCUCGCACCAGUCGAGCCCUGGGCCAGUUGGGUCCUGAAGUAGCUGAAAUGCGAAAAAGACAGCAAACGCAAAAUGAAGGAACACCUGCUGUGUCCCAGACUCCUGGAAACCAGAGGCCCAACAACACAUGCUGUUUCUGCUGGUGCUGCUGCUGUAGCUGCUCCUGCCUCACCGUUAGAAAUGAAGAAAGAGGGGAGAGUGCAGGAAGACCCAUACACACCACAAAAAUGGAGAGUAUCCAGGUCCUAGAGGAGAGCCAAAGCCCCACUGCAGAUGAAGUCUUAUCCUGGUCUCAAAGUUUUGACAAGAUGAUGAAGGACCCUGCAGGAAGAAACCUUUUCCGGGAGUUCCUCCGAACAGAAUACAGCGAAGAGAAUCUGCUUUUCUGGCUUGCCUGUGAAGAUUUAAAGAAAGAGCAGAACAAAAAAGUCAUUGAAGAAAAAGCCAGGAUGAUAUAUGAAGAUUACAUUUCCAUUCUAUCACCAAAAGAGGUCAGUCUCGAUUCUCGAGUUAGAGAGGUGAUCAAUAGAAAUCUGUUGGAUCCUAACCCUCACAUGUAUGAAGAUGCCCAACUUCAGAUAUAUACCUUAAUGCACAGAGAUUCUUUUCCAAGGUUUUUGAACUCUCAGAUUUAUAAGGCAUUUGUUGAAAGUACUGCUGGCUCUUCUUCUGAAUCAUAAUUUUCAUUUGAAAAAAUCAUUUGGGAGGGCUGGGACGGGAAACAGAAAAAAUGAAAUAACAUCCCAAGUUGAGUUCCUGGAGGACUACAGUUUAGCUUUCCUCAGGAUACUGUGAAAAUACUACUAGUAUGGUCUUUGUCUCCAUUUUUAUCAAGGUUAUCCAUGAUUGAGUGUGGAGAAAAUACCACAUAAAACAAUGAAUUGCCAAAUUAGGUUUGUUUUAUGCAGCACUCAUGCUACUUGCGAGCAAACUGUAUUUGUAGGCUAUGAAGAGUCUCCUAGUUCUCUCCAGAGGCUGCAUGUGCAAAGUAAAAACUGCUUCAUUUGUCACAUAGUUGUUGUACUAUUUAAUCAAAUCGCGUAACUUAUAUCUGUAUUUAAGGACUUUUGUGCAAUAUGGUCUUACUAAAUAAUUGCCAAAAAUGGGCUGUGGUUUGCAUUUUUUUAAACAUCUGAAACAGAAAAAAAGCAAUUUUUAAAAUGUAACAAUAGUAUUCAACAUGCUAUAUACUGUGUUUAGUAUACUACUUUUGAAGCCAAUAUUUCUGUAUAUGAAAAAAAGAGCUACUUAUCUGCUUGUUGGAAAAUCCUAAUGAAGGAUUCCUCUGGUUGUUCACUGCCAGUACUGUGGCAUUUUCAUUACAGAAGACUGCAAUGUUAAAAAAAAAAGACAAAAGGGAAAAAAGCACAAAACAAUUUGAAGAUAUCUUAGCUCAAUGACAAAUCAAAGUGAUAUUGUUUUUAAUUGUAAUACAAGAUGAAUCUAUGUAUAUAUCAGAUGUCCAAUACUGUAAUUAAUUUAUUAAAGACUGGCUCUCCAGUUCUCAAAUGGUUGUGUAAAGUUAUGUACUUCAGCAAGAAAAAAAAUAAACUUGAUAACUUAGUUUUGGAAUAUAAAGAAAAGGAUUUAAUAAAGGAAUGCCUAUAUGUAGCACUGUAAAACAUUUUGACGAAUAGGAUCUCUCCUGUGCUUGAAAGUAAAAUCCAGUGAAAAGCUAAGUUUUUGCUAUAAAAUAUUUCAUAAAGGUUGUGAAGAAGGUACUUCUCUACUUCAGACCUUAACUGUUUUCACAUAGUAUCUUUAACAUUUAUUUUAAAAAAGUUAAAACCAAAUUAUUCAUUCUCAUCCAUAAUUAAAAGGCAGUACAGUGCUCAAAUCUUUUAGCUGCCAUAUUAUUUUUUAUAAUUACACUAACUCUAUAAAAAAUACUUGCCUGAUAUUGGCUUGUACUUCUGACAUUCAAAACAAUGUCCUAUUGUGCACAAAAAUAAUAAUAAUAAUCAGUGUCAUAUUUAUAUCAAAGUGUAACAUUUGAAUAUUAAUAUCCCUGGAUACUAUUUUUUUAACCUUAAGGUGAAUGAAUAUAAUACUGAGUCAACUAAAAUGAAAGUUUUAAAAAGAUUUAUAUCCAUGGAAAACACUGGCCUUAUAUUAAGGAUGAUAUUAAAAUUACAAGUUUUCUUUGUCAUUUUUAACUACCUCUCAUUUUUUAAUUUAUUAAACAUAUUUUUAAAAAAACAA